AUGAACUUUUAUCCACCCCCCGAGGUGAUUACUGCAGGAAUCUACUACAACAUCCCUUCUUCGCUUCGACGCCAGGAAUCUACAGAGUGGGCCCAAGGAUUUCCACACAAGUUGGAGGGUGUCUUUCUCGAGGGACCAGUAGUCAACCAACAAGGCGAUGUUUUUGUUGUCGACAUACCAUUCGGUCGCAUCCUGAAGAUCGACUCGGACAAAAAAGUCGAGACGUGCGCUGAGUGGGACGCGGAUAAUAGUGUCGUUCCGUACUUGACUCGACGGAAUCUUGAGCGAUUCAAAGGGGUCAAUGACCUGAUUGUUGACUCUAAAGGCAACAUCUACUUUACAGAUCAAGGUAGGACCGGAAUGACCGAUCCAACUGGAAAGGUUUACCGAUAUACCACGGAUAAAAAGCUGGACUGUCUUGUGGACAAUGGCCCCUCGCCGAAUGGACUUGUACUGUCAGUGGAUGAGAAGACGUUGUAUGUGGCGAUGACUCGGGCAAAUCAAGUCUGGCAGCUUCCGCUCCAUGAGGAUGGAACAACAACCAAAGUUGGGGUGUUUUUCCAGGGCUUUGGGUCCGUGGGACCAGAUGGUUUAACAAUCGACCAGCAAGGAAACUUGUUUGUCUGUGUACCCGGGCUGGGAAGAGUGUUCGUUGUUGACAGAUAUGGAAUCCCCUUGAAAAGCAUCCAAAGUCCUCUUCCGAACGCAUUUAUCACCAACUGCACAUUUGGUGGACAGGGAAACCAAGAAUUGUUUAUGACGGACAGCGUCAAUGGGGCAAUUCUCAAGGUGGAUUGGCACUGUCCGGGUGCACAGUCAUUUAUCCCAAAGUCUAGAUAG